GAGCAAAUGAUAUAAAAGCCAUCGGCUAGUCGCUGGACCUCUCCAGUCUCAAUCAACGCUGUAUUUUGCACUUGCCACUGGAUUAAAAAGCUUUCAGUUUAGGUUUCCACCAGUUAUUUUUGUUUCGAAAUUCAUGGACUUUAUCGCAUGGCUAAGGGAAUCUCGUGAAAAUGUCCGUAAAGCAAAAGUGGCGAGUCCAGCAAGAAUUACGCCCCAAAUAAAGCGAGAGAUGGUGCCUGGCCGAGUAUCCCAGGCACCACUGGUGGUCGUCUCCAACAGACUGCCCUUCAUCCUGGCCCGCGGGCUCGACGGUCGGCUCGAACGCAGGCAGAGCGCCGGAGGUCUGGUGACCGCCGUUGCCCCUGUUGUGAUCGAGUGCAAAGGAACCUGGGUCGGAUGGCCAGGGACGUACGAAAUGCGCCCUGGAGAGGCAAUACCUGAAUCGGACGCAAGUGAUCAGGCACCAACCGCAGGCCUCAAGUCUAGUCAGGUCGUUGCUGUCAACGUGGCCAAGGACAAGUUUGACGCAUACUAUAACGGAUGCUGCAAUGGAACCUUUUGGCCUUUAUUCCACUCCAUGCCUGAUAGGGCCGUGUUCAAAGCCGACACAUGGAAUGCAUACUGUGAGGUCAACGAAGAGUUCGCCCAAAACACCCUGGCUGCCCUGCGUGCGACCGUGGCUAAACUGGACGCGGAGGGCCGUGUGAACGUGGCCCCCAUCGUUUGGGUGCACGAUUACCAACUCCUGGUGGCCGCGGCGUCGAUCAGGAAGGCGGCCGAAGAGGAAGGCCUCCGCUUCAGGCUCGGAUUUUUCUUACACAUUCCUUUUCCCUCGUGGGACAUCAUGCGACUCUUUCCUUGGGACGACCAGAUUCUGCAAGGGAUGUUAGCUUGUGACGUGGUUGGCUUUCACAUUGAGGACUACUGCCUGAACUUCAUUGAUUGCUGUUGCCGUCGACUUGGCUGCAGAGUCGACCGGAACCAAAUGAUGGUCGAGUUGGCCGGACGCACUGUCCACGUAAAAGCCCUGCCCAUCGGCAUUCCUUUCGAACGAUUUGUUGAACUUGCCGAAAAUGCUCCAAAGGUGCUGAAGACGACAGAGGAGAAAACUAUUCUCGGCGUGGACCGCCUUGACUACACCAAAGGCCUUGUCAACCGCAUCCUCGCUUUCGAGCUGCUUCUAGAGAAGCACCCCGAGCACAUCGAAAAAGUGACACUGCUGCAAAUUUCCGUUCCGUCGCGCACAGACGUCCGCGAGUACCGCCAGCUGAAGGAGGAAAUGGACCAACUGAUCGGGCGUGUCAACGGCCGAUUCUCGCAUGCCAACUGGUCUCCCAUCCGCUAUAUCUACGGCUGCGUGUCGCAGAACCAGCUCGCCGCGUUCUACCGCGACUCUGCAGUGGCACUAGUGACGCCGUUACGCGAUGGAAUGAAUCUCGUAGCAAAGGAAUACGUCGCGUGUCAGAUCAGGGAGCCGGGCGUGCUCAUUCUUUCACCAUUCGCGGGGGCAGGGGGCUCCAUGCACGAGGCCCUGGUCGUCAACCCUUACGAGCUGGACCAGGUGGCCGAAACCAUCCACAGGGCUCUGAGCAUGCCGCUGGACGAACGCGAGCUCAGGAUGACGCAGCUGCGCAGACGCGAAAGAAAGAACGACGUGUCGCGCUGGCUCGAAUCCUUCCUGGACGCCAUGGACGGUGUGAACGACGAGACAUCGCUCGUCGGCAACCUGGCGCGGCUCACUCUGGACGACUUCGGGCAGUAUCUGGACCUGGACGCCGCCUGCAAGCUCAGUCUGAUCCUCGACUACGACGGUACUUUGGCGCACCUUGCCUCCCACCCUGAUCUCGCCAUCAUGCCAACUGAGACAAGAAGGGUGCUUGAGCGACUGGCCAAUCUGUCCGACGUCAACGUGGUGGUCAUCUCCGGCAGGUCGCUGGGUAACUUGAGCAGAAUGGUCGGCAUUGAAGGCAUCACAUACGCGGGUAGCCACGGUCUGGAGAUCUUGCACCCUGACGGAACUAAAUUCGUCCAUCCAGUGCCACUGGAGUACGAAGAGAAGUUGCGCGAGUUGUUGAGAGCCCUGCAGGAUGAGGUUUGUCGUGACGGAGCGUGGGUUGAGAACAAGGGCGUCCUGCUUACGUUUCACUAUCGGGAGACGCCGGUCACCGCCAGGGAGGCCAUCGUCAAGCGAGCAGGACAGAUUUUCAAACAGGCUGGAUUCGAGCCUCACGCGGCACACAUGGCGAUAGAGGCGAAGCCACCAGUGAAAUGGGAUCAGGGCCGAGCUUCCAUCUACAUCUUGCGCACCAUGUACGGCGUCGACUGGACGGAGAGGGUGCGCGUCAUCUACGCGGGUAAUGAAGACGCGAUGCAAGCCCUGCAGGGUAUUGCUUGCACAUUCAGGGUAGACUCAAGUCCAGCUGUUCGCACCGCAGCAAACUUUAGGUUAGCCGAUCCAGACGCAGUUCUCAUCAUGCUCAAGUGGGUGGAGAAGCAAAUGAACAAGAGGUCACCGCGACUUGCAAGAUCACCGAGGUUAGGGCGGUCGCCCACUCAGUGCAUUCAUGCGCAAAUGAGUUUCGAGGAUGAGGAAGAGGAGAUCCGCAAGUCUGCGCACGGACUGCGAGCCAUUGUACAAACUGCUGUGCGGGAGCCGCUUGUUAACAAGGCUAUGUAAGGCCGGCUGUGAGAUUAAUUGUUGUCCAAACCUUUUUGAUUGACCCUUGAGAGUGAACCAGGCGCUGAUUUCUACAAAAAUUCCAAUCAAGUUUUUUCCGGGAUAUCCAGUUUGAUAUUUAUAACUUUAUCCCGGAUAUCAUAUUGCGUUAGAAUGAACUUAAUGUAACGUUGUUUUUGCAAAUCAUCUCAAAUAAUGUAUAAUUAAGAAGGUGAUGAAGGUUCACUAUCGCACAAGCUUUAGCAUGUUUCAAUCUCAAGGAUAGGAAGGUUCAACUAAGGAUUGCAGAGACCACGAUACGACAAUGGGACAUAAUAUUUGAUUCUCUGCCAUAAAAAUCGCCUUGUCGGCUCCUCACCUCUCUUUUCCUUAGGUUAGACCUAAAAAACGAUUAUGUGAUAGUUCAAUAAAUUAAUAUAUUGAUAUUCUUGCAAUAAACAAUGGUAUUUUGAUUUCCUACAAA